AUGUCAAAUGAAACAGCGUCUAUGAGAGAAAUAAAACACAACCGACAACUCAUUUUGCAAGCUCUAAAUAAGAACACAACAAACUUUUCAAACUAUUCUAAGAUAUCUGAGUCAUUGAAAGAAGGAAACUUAAAACUGACGAUAAACCCAAUGACAGACGAGUUUCUGUUUCAAGACAAUAAGAACCAUACUGUCUGUGUAAAUCCAACAAAAGGAACUUUAAACGAGAAACCUAUAAAAGAACUUCUUUUGAAAGCAGAUGUUGACAACAAAGCUGACAAAGAGUAUGUCAUUGAAAAAGUUCAAGAAGAACAUGACAGAGCAGAUGCAACAUAUGCAACAAAAGAACAUACUCAUCCUGAACUAGCGGACAAAACAUAUGUUGACAAUAAAAUGUCAAGUGAAGUGACAAGAGCUGACAAAGAAUAUUCUAAAAAGACUCAUACACAUACCAUUGCAAAUAUUACAAACUUACAAGAAACCUUAAACAGGAAAAGUGACGUUGGACAUACACAUACCAUUGCAAAUAUUACAAACUUACAAGAAACCUUAAACAGGAAAAGUGCCGUUGGACAUACACAUACCAUUGCAAAUAUUACAAACUUACAAGAAACCUUAAACAGGAAAAGUGACGUUGGACAUACACAUACCAUUGCAAAUAUUACAAACUUACAAGAAACCUUAAACAGGAAAAGUGCCGUUGGACAUACACAUACCAUUGCAAAUAUUACAAACUUACAAGAAACCUUAAACAGGAAAAGUGACGUUGGACAUACACAUACCAUUGCAAAUAUUACAAACUUACAAGAAACCUUAAACAGGAAAAGUGCCGUUGGACAUACACAUACCAUUGCAAAUAUUACAAACUUACAAGAAACCUUAAACAGGAAAAGUGACGUUGGACAUACACAUACCAUUGCAAAUAUUACAAACUUACAAGAAACCUUAAACAGGAAAAGUGCCGUUGGACAUACACAUACAUCUUCUGAAAUAACAGACUUAAACGUUAGCCUUGAAAAGAAAGCAGAUAAAACAUAUGUCAAUGAAAUAUACCAAAGUUUAGUUGGAACAAAAAAUAUUGAGACUAUGGUUGGUGACUUUUCUGUCAAUGAAGAAAACAAAUAUUUUAGAUGGCAGUUUGUACAUUCCUUAGAAAAUGGUACACGGUAUAAACUCAUUCCGAAAAAUAACAAUGAAAUGUAUGUAAGCUAUAUAAAGAAUGAUGGUACACAAGUUAAAGUUCCAUUAGACAACAACUGCUACUUAAACAUAUAUGGAGACGAACAAAAGAAAUAUUUAAGAGUUUAUGAAAUGGCAGAUAUGACAUUACCUGACCCAGCUCCAGCACCAUACUAUUAUGACUAUGGAGAUGACGUUAGAACACCACAUGUAGAUGAACAAAAGCUAACAUUAUAUUUAGAUUUUUAUAGAUAUAAAAGAUAUAAUGCAAUAGAAAAAACGAGAAUAGUAUACUAUUAUGAAGAUGACAGAAAUAAAUAUUAUAGUCAAGACUUUACCUACCCUGAAAACAUAAGAUUAUAUUAUAAAAAAUAUUCUGACACAAACCAGAAGAAACCAGAAAUAGUUACACUAUAUUUUAAGUUCAAAAGAGACAAUCCUAUAUUAUCUCAUAUGUUUGAUUUAAUGAACCCAGUAGGUUCUAUUUAUACAUCUAUGGAAGCAAGAGGUCCUCAAGUAAUGUUUGGUGUUGGUGCAUGGGAACAAAUAGUCGACAGGUUUUUGUAUUGUGCAAACUCUUCAAAGGAAACAGGUGGAAGUAAAACGAUUUCAGGUGAAAACUUACCUGCGCACAGUCACUACAUAGAUUUAAGUACAUCUCAAGCAGGUUGGCAUAGGCAUAGAUAUUGGGAUUGGUCAGGAAUGACAAAAGGUAAAGGAUAUGAUGUUAAAGACGACGUUAAGUUUGCUAUAAAUUGUUACUGGGAUGACACUCAGGGAGAAGGAAACCAUACACAUUUCGUUUCAGGGUAUACACAAACAACGGGACAAAGUAAAGACUACAUGCCACCUUACAUGACAGUUUACGCAUGGUAUAGAAUUGCUUAG